AGUUAUGCCGAGCGGAAACGGAAAUAACAGUCUUCUAGGGUAGUUUCAUUUCUUCUACUCAUUUUAUUCUCCGCAGUUCAAGACUGUAAGUCUAUGUUCACUUUGAAGAGUUAAAAUAUUUGUUAAUGCACUUUUACUAAUCUAAUUAGAAUCGUAUAGUCAUGUCUGGUGAAAAUCAACUAGGGAUAAGUGAGGAUUUCAGAAUUGCUGUGCAAGCUGCGCUUGAACGCUUUCGUUUAAAUGAAGACGAAAAAAACUAUGAAUUUCCUUCCGCACUUUCCAAACUCGAAAGAAAGUUUGUGCAUGAAUUAUGUAAGGAAUACGGUUUAAAGUCAAAAAGCCAUGGAAAAGGAGCAAAUCGUUCACUUACAAUGUCUAAAAAGGAAUUGGUUAAUCGUGGACAUGAUUUGCCACCAAUUAAGUUGAAAGCAAAAACUCAACAAUAUAUAAAUAACUUAUUGUCUCAUCAACCGUUAAUGGAUAGAGAAAGAAAUGAUUUAGUUCCAAGAACAGAGAGAGGAAGUCUGGCAGACGUUUCAGUUAAAGAAAGUCGUAAAUUAUUAUUUAAGCAACCUAACAUUCAAGGGCAGAUUCCACCUGAAGCAAAUACAGCACCGUUUGAAUACUUUAAACAGUCUUUACCAAUCUAUCACAUGAAAGAGCAUGUAUUGAAAUCAAUUGAAGAUAAUCGAGUAGUACUUGUCUUAGGAGACACUGGGUCUGGCAAAUCUACUCAAGUUCCACAAAUGCUUUUGGAGGAAUUUACUGCCAAAAAGAAAAAAUGUAAUAUAUAUGUUACACAACCAAGACGUUUAUCUGCAGUCGCCUUAGCUGAAAGAAUUUCAACAGAGAGAAGCGAAACUUGCGGAAAAUCUGUUGGUUAUCAAAUCCGAUUAGAACAAAAACUAAGUAGAGACACUAUCCUAACUUUUUGUACCACUGGCAUUUUACUUCGAACAUUGAUGAGUGGAGAUGAUAUUAGUCAUGUAACUCAUAUUAUUGUGGAUGAAGUCCAUGAGAGAGAUAAAUUUACUGAUUUUCUGUUAAUUGCUCUUCGUGAUUUACUUUUCAAACAAUCUCACCUGAAAUUAAUAUUAAUGAGUGCAACCCUGAACUUACCUCUAUUUACCGAAUACUUUGGAAAUUGUCCGGUUAUAAGUGUUCCGGGAAGGAUGUUUGAUGUAAAAGAGUACUUUCUGGAGGAUGUUCUAAAUUGGACAUCCUAUUCGAAUGAUUUAAUGAAAAUGGCCGAAGUUCGAUUGAGUAAACAAAAGGAGAGUCGAGACGCUUUAGCCCAAUGGUGCGAAGAUCUUUUGCCGCAAUCUGAACCAAAAACAGUUUCUGAGGAUUCAGAGACUACUGCAAAAAUGGAUGAAUUAAUUGAAAAUGCUUUCCAGCACGGAAAACGAGAUGCUAUUGAUGAUAUUAUAUCAUUGGUAACUGAUGAGAAAGUCUCUGUUGAUUAUCAGCAUAGUCUUACUACUGUGAGCGGGCUAAUGACUGCAGCGGCAAGAGGUUGGAUGAACUGUGUCGAGCAAUUUCUUCGAUUAGGCGCUGAUGUUCACCUCCAGACAGUAAAUGGGUGGAAAGCUUUAGAUUUCGCUCAUCAUUAUCGUUCUGUUGAAAUAGCAGAAUGGUUAAGUGCUUUUGAAAUCGCUGAAAUGGGAGAUGAUGACCAAUCCGAUUUGGAUACUGCUACUAUGGAUGAAGUACAUGCAAAAUUAUUAAAAGUCUACCACUAUUCAUUUAAUGAUGAUAAAGUAGAUGUAGACCUUAUCCUCUCAUUGACGUCCAAAAUUCAUAGUGAGAAACCAACUGGAGCUAUUUUGAUUUUUCUACCCGGAUACGAUGAUAUCUUAAGCUUGAAAGAUAAAAUCGAAGGUUCCGAUACCUUUCCACCUUCUAAUACUUAUAAAAUAUUUCUUUUACAUUCUUCGAUAUCAACGAACGAUCAAAAUAGAGUUUUUGAUACAAUGCCUGAUGGUAUACGAAAAAUUAUUCUAUCAACGAAUAUUGCUGAAACAAGUAUCACAAUUAGUGAUGUUUCAUAUGUUAUAGAUAGUGGCAAAGUGAAGGAGCAACUGUUCGAUGCUGUUUCAAAUACUAAUUGCUUAAGGACGAAUUGGAUUUCUCAGACAAGUGCAGUUCAAAGAAAAGGAAGAGCUGGUCGUGUUAAACCUGGAGAAUGCUAUCGAUUAUUCUCAAGAUCUCGCUUUUCAAAUAUGCAAAAGUAUCAAACAGCCGAAAUUCUUCGUUGUCCUUUGGAGGAGCUAUGCUUACACACAAAAUUACUUGCACCGAUUACAAGCUCGAUUGCCGAUUUCUUGUCAAAGGCUGUUGAACCACCUCCACAAUUGGUAAUAAAAAAUGCAGUAAAUAUAUUGAAGCAAAUGGAUGCUCUCGACAAAUUUGAAGAUUUAACAGACCUUGGCUGUCAUUUAGCAGAAUUACCUGUACCACCCCACUGUGGUAAAAUGGUUUUAAUGUCGACUAUUCUAAAAUGUUUGGAUCCAAUACUCACAAUUGCUUCAUUUUUGUCUUACAAGGAACCUUUUGUUCUACCAACGAGCGGUGAAGGAAAAAGAAAAUUAUCUAGUAUAAAGGAAAAAUUUGCCAAAGACUCUUUUAGUGAUCACAUUGCUUAUCUUGAAUUUUAUCAGGGUUAUAUGAAUGCAAAAGAAAAUCGUCAAGAGAGAAUAUUUUGUUACCAAAACUGCUUCUCCUACGCUGUUAUGCAAAUCGUAGAAGGAACAAGAGAUCACUUAAAACGUCAUCUAACCGCAAUUGGAUUUUUAGGACCUGAGGCCGAUAUGAAUGAGAUGAAUGUAAAUUCUGAUAAAUGGCCCGUUGUAAGAGCAGUAUUGGUGUCUGCACUCUUCCCGAAAUUAGCUGUUGUUGAUAGAACUAAUGGAACAAUUUCAACACGGUUGGAGAAGCGAGUGAGGUGUCAUCCCUCUUCUGUUUUGAACUCUGCAUCUCAAGUAAAUUCCAGAUCACACAAAGAUAUUGUUAAAAGUCUACCCUACAACUGGUUAAUUUUUGAUGAAAUGACAAGAUUUAAUACUUUGGCUUUGAUAAAAGGCUGUUCGGUAGUUACUUCAUUUUCUGUUGCUAUUAUGGCUGGACCAAGUCGUCUUUUGCCUCAUCAAUAUCACUUUGAGGCUGAUCCUGAGCAAGAGUCGGAUGACGAGGAGGAAUGUUCUAAUGAUGAAGAAAAGAGAAAUAAUUGGAAACCUCUGAGUAACUUUAGGUUUUCAAUUGAUGACUGGUUAAAUUUGUAUUUGGACAAUGGGAAUGCGUCCUUAAUUGUUAACGUGAGACAAAAACUACAUGCAUUAAUUGUAAGAAAACUUAAAACCUGUGGAAAAUCUUCUCUCCAUGGAGAUGAUAUCGUUGUUCAAACAAUUGUUCAAGCACUUUGCUCAGAAGAUCAAGCUGCCUUGAAUAUGUCAAAUUUUCAAUCAAGAAUGAAGUUAUUACCACCUGGUAGAAAAUCAAACUUUAGAUCAGAUAGAAAUGAAAGCUCAUCUAGUUCGGAAGAGAGAAACAGUUCCACACCAGGAAUAGGGGGCAGCUCUAGUAGAAGCUCAAUUUCAAGUAGUCCUUGCUUAACGCCUGAUAUGGCCACCAUCGGACAAUCCGUUAGAUAUUUUGUUUUAAAGCCUGCAGAUGGACAAGUGAUUGAUGCUUCAAUAGUUACGGGAUUUUGGUCUGCAUCCCAUGGCACUAAAAGGGUUUUAGAUAAUGCCUAUAAAAGCACUGGCUCGGUGAUUCUCUUUAUUUCUGUUCAAGGAAGUGGACACUUUCAAGGUUACGCCAGAAUGAUUUCGAUAUCCCAUAAUGAUCAAGGAAAAACGAAAUUUGGAAUUGAGUGGUUGAAAAGACGAGAAGUUCAUUUCCACGAAGUAAACCAUUUGAAUAACCCAUGGAACGAUAAUAAGAAUGUAAAAAUAAGCAGAGAUGGUCAAGAAAUUGAGCCCAUGAUUGCUAAUGAGCUAAUAGAAGUAAUUGAAAGAGGAAAUGAGAAGUCAAGAUAUGCUAAAGGACGAAAUACAAGGAGGGGAAAGAAAUUACACUAAUCAAUUUGAAGGAAAAAUUAGAAAGCUGACAAAAAUAAUAAACAAACACAUAAACAAAAUUCAUUAUUAAUAGUAUAUUUUCAUUAUUCGCAAGGUUUACAAAAAGUUAUCAUAUCUUUCAUAUUUUUAUGUAAAAAAAAUGAUGACAGUUUUGGGAUAAAUUUAUUUUGUUCAAAACGUGAGUGCCAUCCAUAGAAAAAAAACACUUGUGCAUUAAAGAUUUUUGAAAUGAGAAAUUAUCUAUUCUUUCUAUUUGUAGAGAUUUCAUUCUUUUGUUUAGGUUAUUAUAUUAGUAUUAAUUUGAAAACAAAAAUAUAUAUUAAUAUAUCAAAGUCAUUAAGAAUAAAGUUAAUUUAUUAUGAACGCUUCUUAAUUAUUGUUGUCUUCUAUUCAAGAGUAUUUUCCAGCUUUAGCACCCAUGCCCAAUUACAUGGAAUUUCGGAAGGCGAAAGGGGAGGUAGCGCAGCUAUUACACCACCCUGAGGUCGACUUUUCCAAGUAAAAGGCUUUUUGCCAGUGUAACCAAGCAUUGAUAGUUUUAGUCGAGGUGAACCUUUAAGAUCUGCCAUUAUGAGCUGUCCCUCUGCUGGCCAUUUUAACACAAAAGCGUAGACGUUAGUCUUUCCAUCAAGUUUUCUAGCUACAUACCAUAAGUCCGGAUUUACUGAAUCAUUUUGAUGUUUCCAUGGAAACGUUUCAUAUACAGCUUCGCCGUUGACCUUCAUCCAAGAUCCAAAUUGUCGUAAUCUUUCUUCGAACACUGGUAUAAUUCUGCCCGAUUUCGUUGGACCGACAUUUAUUAAAAGGUUUCCACCGCAACUAAUUGUUCUGGCAAGAAGGGUCAGCAUCGACUCUAUUGAAUGAAUUUGGUCAAUUGUCAUUGUUCUUCUGUAGCCCCAAGAACUAGAAUCAAUAGGAAAGCUGUUUUCCCAUUUACGUUUCUGCAAUGUUCCAGGAUUAUACGCAUCAGUGCAGUCCAAGAAACCUCCGUGCUUGCAUCUGGUUUCAUUUCCCCAACGAUCAUUUACAACAACAGUAUCUCUGACAGGAGAAUCAUUAUAGAGCCAAGCAAUAAAUUCUGGACUUUUCCAGUACUGAGAUGAGGCUUCCCAUUCACCAUCGGACCAUAUAACAUCGGGCUUAUAAGUCUUUACCAGUUCAUAAAGCUCAGGUAGAGCUUUUCUAUUUACGAAAUCUUGAGUUCGAAAUCCAUUUGCUUUAUCUCUCAUAUACAACGGAUUGUACCAUUCAAACAUGGAAUGGUAUACUCCAAAAUGAAUUUUAGUAUGUUUUCUAAUGGCGUUGGCAAGUUCACCAACCAAAUCUUUCCUUGGACCAACAGCCAUUGAAUUCCAAUUGAAUGAAACGUUAGAAGGCCAAUUGCAGAAGCCUUCGUGAUGUUUUGAGACAAAGACAACGUAAGAGGCCCCAGCGUCUUCAAAUAGUUUAGCCCAUUCAGUGGCAUUGUAGAAUUCAGCAGUAAAAUCUCUUGCAAAAUCAGCAUAAGUCCAAUUAGGUCGAUAAUUAUUUUUUAUAAAAUUAACACAACUUGGGUUGCCCGAAUUCCAACAAUUCCAAAACCAUUCAGAAGCAAAAGAUGGUACAGAGAACACUCCCCAAUGAAGAAAGAUACCAAUUUUUCCUUUAUCAAACCACGUUGGUAGAGGUCUUUUAUCCAGAGAUUCCCAGUUUGCUUCAUAACGUUGCCUAGCUGCAGUUAAGGCGAAAGAAGAAAGUAAAAGAAAAAUUACAGCUCUCAUAAUUUGCUUCUCUUAGAAUAAGAACAAGUAUUGUAAUUGUUUAUAUUUAGCUAUGUACUGUAAAUAAUGAUUAACUCAAUAUAUUUAUAGAGUAUGUUUAUGGGCGUCUGCUGCUAUCAUGAAAUAUACCUGUAAAUGAUGAUAAGAACUGUGAAAGUUAGAUUAGCAAUGUCUAUGUAUAUCAAAACUAGAACAAAUCAAUAUGAUAUAUCUAAGAAUUAUUAGAUAAUACAGUAAACAACUUCUUCAACGUCAACGACAUCGACGGAACUGGAAAGUCUCAUUCUAG